AUGUCGCUGUGCAACUAUGCCAAGGUUACGGUAUGCGGCCGCCUUCGUUUAAGGGACCGUGUGGCCCUGGAAAAUGCUCUCGAGCAGAAGGCACGCCACUGGAUUACUUUGGCCGCCGGUUAUGACCUUUGUGAUCCAGAGCUGCAGAGCUAUUCAGUAUCGGUGACUGUAGGAGAACACACGUACGCAAUGGGCACUAGCUGCGAUCUAACUCCUACGGCCGUGACAACCCGUAUAUGCGACCCGAGCCAGGGCGGCCUGCCGUACAUCGUGGCACCUAGAUAUUUCCUGCUAGCCCAGACCAACAACAGGAGCUCUACAAACGAGUACUGCUUCGGCCUCAGCACGUGGGCCGCAGAGGGCGACUCCCUCUCGCGGAUGGAGUGGUAUGCAAACAGGAGCCUGAGCGCGUGGGUCGCAGGCUUCACCCUCUACUCCAGCACGGGUAACAUCACCGCACUGCCCGCCAGAUGGGCAACUGGCAGCAACGGCAGCACAGACAUACUUCAAGCCAACGAAAUCAACUGGACCACCACGCAAGCCAAUGGUGCUAUGGUUUGUGUGCGGGUCAAAAAGCCGAGGACUCUACAACAGCUGUGCUUUGAAGAUAGGCUGUGCUACGUCUCCUUAUUCGGCAGUAGCGGGGAUCGCUGUCCCACCUUCAAGACGGCGCUUCGGCAGACCUGAUGACGGCAACUUCGGGAAAGUGUCACAUUCGCGCAAGAAGAUAUCUGGCUGACGCCAUCCACGUGGCCAUCUUGGGGAGUUUUUGAGUCCGAGCACGAUCGAUGGAUGCGACUUAACUUUCCUACACAAGAUAUAUACAUACAUACCGGUUCAAAUCCGCCUGCCGGCUCCUCGGGUGUUUGAGGAGUGAUGAAAUGGGAGGUGGCCCCCCAUCAUAUGGACGAUGUAGGACGUGAUAAUAUCAACUUGCGAGCUGACCAGGAACUAAGUUGAUGCGCCGUUGAUCCGCUAGAUUUGGUUGGAUGCUGGUGGUGAGUUGCCGAACCCAACGAAUACAUUCUGAAGUCGGAUGGGGUGACGGAUUAGGGUGCCCCUCUAGCAGGGCAGAGCAGGGACUGCCCCGGGAAAGGGGGCCGCUGGCGAAGUUAACCACCCUGUAACAACAUACAUACCUGCGU